GCGCUGACGGUGCAAUGAAGCCCGUUCAAAAUGCCAUGAAAAUGGCUAAAGUGGCUAUACAAUUGGACGCAGGGAACCGACACAAGGAAGCUUACUGUGAAUACUUGAGAAGUAUCAACUUCAUCUCCCAUGUUCUUCUGGAGGAUGCUGUAUCAGGAAAGGAGGGGGAGAUGGUAGCAGUAGAGGUGGAAAAUAUGUUGAGGCUGGCUGAGCAGUGUUUGGAGAGAGCCAAGUACUUCAUAGGAAAGAGAGAUGAACCCCCUACCCCUCCCUCCUCCACCACCACACCUACCAACUCAGCAGCACUCAGCCUGACCACAGCCUUAGCCCCAUCUGUUGCAGUAAGCCCUGGAAAGAUUGUUUUGCCACAACCACAAGAGAUGUUUAUUGACUCAGGGCCUAAACAUAACCCCAGGCCUGGACACCGCAGAGUUCUCUCUGAGGGUGGAGGGGAUUUCUCCCCCUUCCUGCCCCCAGAAGUCUUCCAGAGGUUGCAGACAGUGAAGUCACAGGACACCAGAAAGGAGCUUACACCCAUAGAGGAGGCAUCACGGUUGAACCAGAAGUUGAAAGCAAAUUAUGAAGCUCGUCUGGCCCGACUGCUCCCUGCUCAGGCCCGUACACAGAAGACAUCUCUGACUCUCUCUCUUCAGAGGCAGAUGAUGGAGAACCUGAUUAUUGCCAAGGCCAGGCAAGAUGCUCUCCAAAGGAAGAUGGAGGAAAGGAGACUGAGGCUGCAGGAGGAGGCCAACAGGAGGUUUGCCGCAUCUGGAACAAUUACUGCAGAAGAACAGGAACAACGUGUUCUGUACACAAAUAUUUUGGAAUAUGAACAAGAUCAUGACUGGCCCAAGUUUUGGAAAGCCAAACUCAAGAAAAAUCCUGAUGAUGCCACCUUGGUCUCUGGCCUUGUUUCAUGUCUUCUCAGCUGUCCAGACCACCCUGUGAUGAAGCUACUGAAAAGUCUCCAGUACAGAGUUUACAACAGGCUCUAUCCAAUCGUGAGCAAGAGUCUACCUGCAAGUCCUGCCCUGCCCAUGAAACCCUCCCGCAGUGCUCAGAGCUUGUUGAUUUCAGACUCUCAUCAGAACGUGUCAAAAUCUGGCACGGGUCACAGUCUGUCCUCCGACGCCUCUCUCAAUAUCUCCUCCUCCCACGACCAUAAUGCCAACGAGGAGGAGUUGGAUAGUGAUGAGCCCCAUACUCUGGACAGGGAGAAUUUGUUUGAGGAUCUAGAGCAGUUCCUGACACAGCUGGAUCGGGCCCCCUCUCAUAGGGACCCUAACAUGACCUUUGAACCAUCACAGUUGGAUCAGGAGUCCCUCGUUCAGGACUUGGAGAUGCGUGCUCUCAAAAAGCACCUGAAGGCUAUAGUGAAGGACAUCCAUAUUGCCAUUGAUCAACUGUUGUCUCUGUGUCUGCUCUCAUUUGAGUGUCUGAACACGGCCAGUUCUAAGGACCUGUGUGUGGCCAGCAUAGAGGAAGCCUUCUUCACUCCCCUCUGGAGCCCUCUUUUGGUCCUCUUCAGGAAGGUCCACAGAGAGAGGGAGCUGUCCUUUGAGUCCAGUAUGAGGCUGUAUCAGGACGCCUCACCUGGUGACGUUGGUGUCGCAUCGAAACUGUACCCCCAGGACCCUGUUGUGCUGCAUGGUUCCUACCCCUAUGAAUCAGCAGUGCAGGAGCUUCGCUUGCUGUGCAGAGAUUGCUGUCCCCAGAGAAAGCUGGAGUGCAUUGUUCGGACAUUGCGUCUGAUAUGUGCUUGUGCUGAGGACUACUGCUGCCUUCAUGAGCCGGAAUCCAAAACAGCAGCCAUUGGGGCAGAUGACUUGUUGCCCAUCCUCUCCUAUGUGGCUCUGCACUGUGAGCUGCCUCAGCUGGUGUCAGAGUGUGCUGCCCUGGAGGAGUUCAUUCAUGAAGGGUAUCUGAUUGGAGAGGAGGGCUACUGCUUGACCUCUAUGCAAAGUGCUCUGCAAUAUGUGGAGUCAUUGCACACAGGAGGAUUUCAGUUGCACAACACUAAAUUCACCUGAUACAGGGUGCUGCUUUGAAAUGGAAUCCAGUAUUCCCCUUGUUGCAGUGCUCUGGAGUGGCAGUGCCUGUUAGCUGCAGACUGGACCACCGUUCAACUUAAUUCAGAUGUUCUGCGCAAGAAAGGACCCUACACUUCGGUGUGUAGUGAUCCCUAUUGAACUGUAGUUCAUCUAUGCAACAAUGGUUCUGUUCUGAUGGGCUGGUCAUGAUUUUCAAGUUAUGUUUAUGUUCAGCCAAGUGAUUUGACAUGGCCUGUUGAUUGUUACUUGGAUUAGCUGCAAUGUGGAAUGGUCUGGAUGGACUACAGUGUCUUUGGUUAUGAGUCCCCUUAUUUGAGGGGCAUUUAGGUCAAGUACUGGAAGCUUUAUGUCAUCUGUCACUGAAGUCUGCAAAAUAUCUUAUCGCUAUUGUCCAAUAUUGCACAUUUUUAUUGCUUUCAUUUAUGAACUGACCCUGUCAUUUUAUUCAGUUCAUGUCUGAUUAAAGCACUAUGUACCACCAUAGAGCCAAAUGUAUCUCUUUUUGAAACUCUAAAAAAAGCAUGGCUUGAUAAAUGAUUGUGUAGAUGCUUAAAGUAUAUUAUGAUAAAUUAUUCUUAUUUUAGGAGAUGAUAUGUGGAAAUUAAGACCAGGAUGUGUUUAGAUUCCAGUUUCAUUUUAAUCCUUGCAUUCAGGAGAUGUUUUAAGAUAAUGCACACAUAAUGCCAAAGAAAACUAGGUUGGUAUUUAUUGUGCUACCUGAGAAUGUGUGUGCAUACAAGAAUGUGUUAGAACAAUUCCUCUGUGUAAAAGUACAUGCAAAAUUGAGAUAUGGGCCCCCCAACAAAACAUUUUGUGACCAUGAUUAAAACAAAUGUACUGUC